AUGGCUGAUGUACAAAGUGAUGUUCUUUCAGGGAAUAAUCCCCUAAAUGUUAACGUAACUGAUCCUUUAACACUUGCUAUAGUACAGAUCGUUAUUAUAAUAGUUUUUACUCGCGUUCUUCAUAUUGGUCUUCAACGCAUCCGACAGCCACGGGUUAUAUCUGAAAUGAUAGGUGGAAUUAUUCUUGGCCCUUCUGUAUUGGGACACAUUCCGGGAUAUUUAAAUACCUUGUUUUCAAGUGCUUCCCUUACUUACCUUAACCUUCUGGCCAAUUUGGGUUUGGUCCUAUAUUUGUUCAUAGUUGGUUUAGAAUUAAAUCCAAAGAUGAUAAUAAAUAAUUUAAAAUCCUCCAUUUUUAUCUCUCUGAGUGGUAUUAUAUUGCCUUUUGUCAUGGGUAUAGGCGUCGCAUAUGGCUUAUAUACUGCAAUGGAUAAUCAAGUAGUAGUUGAUAGCUCAGGUGUUUCUCACAACGUGCCAUUUACGAGUUUUGUAUUGUUCAUUUGUAUUUCCAUGUCUAUUACAGCAUUUACAGUUCUUGCACGUAUUUUAUCUGAACUAAAACUUAUGAAAACAAUUGUGGGUAAUUGCGCGCUAACUUCUGCCGUUGGUGAUGAUAUUGCCGCUUGGAUUCUACUUGCCAUAGUUAUUGCGAUAAUCAAUGCUUCGAACUAUCUCACAGCCCUUUAUACUUUCUUGAUCGGUGUUUUCUGGACUCUAAUUGUUGGAUUUGCUAUUCGCCCAAUCUUGUUAAGAUUAAUUAAUGCAACAAAUUCAAAUUAUCCAUCACCAUCACCAUCAAUGGUUGCUAUUACUUUAUCGGUCGUAUUGAUAUCAGCAUUUAUCACAAAUAUUAUUGGAAUUCAUUACAUUUUUGGAGGAUUUAUUAUUGGUGUAAUACUUCCUCAUGAAGGAGGUUUUGCAGUAGGAAUUACUGAAAAAAUUGAAGAUCUAAUAAAUGUCUUAUUAAUACCCAUAUAUUUUACACUAUCCGGAUUAAAAACUAAUAUUAGCGACUUGGGUGCUACAGGAUGGGGUUGGGUGAUCUUGAUAACCAUAGUCGCUAUGUUUGGCAAAAUACUUGGAAGUACAGCUGCUGCUAAGGCGACAGGAUUGACUUUUAGAGAAUCUUUAACAGUUGGAGUUUUUAAGAGUUGUAAAGGCCUUGUAUAA